CGCGCCUGCUCACUGGGCGCCGCUCUCGGUCUCGGCUGCUCGCGUCCAGGCGCUGCUCCCCAAGCCUCAGUGGCGGGGUACGGCAGCGCCUUGGGGACAAAAGUCUUUCUCUGCUGGGGGCUCUGCCCUGUACUUAACCGUUCCGGGGCAGAGCGGGCGGCACGUAUUUGCGUGUCCGCGCUGUUGCCCAGGCGGUAGGAGGACGCCGAGUCAGGCGCGGAGCUCGCGCUGACCGGGGCCCGGGCCCAGCGCGUCGAGACCGCCGCCCGGAUGUUGCGAUGGCUGAUCGGGGGAGGCCGAGAACCUCAGGGACUGGCCGAGAAAUCUCCUUUACAGACAAUAGGUGAAGAACAAACCCAGAACCCCUACACUGAACUGCUUGUGCUGAAAGCUCAUCACGAUAUUGUACGAUUUCUGGUACAGUUAGAUGAAUACAGAUUUGCAUCUGCUGGUGAUGAUGGAAUUGUAGUUGUGUGGAAUGCCCAGACAGGAGAAAAACUUCUGGAACUUAAUGGACACACUCAAAAGAUAACAGCUCUUAUUACAUUUCCUUCCUUGGAAGCUUGUGAAGAAAAAAAUCAACUGAUCUUGACAGCCUCUUCUGAUAGAACAGUUAUUUUAUGGGAUUGUGAUACUGGCAGACAAGUUCGGAAAGUAUCAUGCUUCCAGUCUACUGUAAAGUGUUUAAUUGUUCUUCAGAGACUAGAUGUUUGGCUUUCUGGUGGGAAUGACCUAUGUGUGUGGAACCGAAAAUUAGAUCUCCUGUGUAAGACCAGUCACCUUUCUGAUACAGGGAUCAGUGCUUUGAUCGAAAUACCUAAGAACUGUGUUGUGGCAGCAGUUGGCAAAGAACUGAUAAUUUUCCAGCUGGUAGCACCCACAGAAGAAUCACUAGAAUGGGAUAUUCUUGAAAUUAAGCGCCUCCUUGAUCAUCAGGAUAAUAUUCUCUCAUUGGUUAAUGUCAAUGAUUUGAGUUUCAUAACUGGUUCCCAUGUUGGAGAAAUGAUCAUCUGGGAUAUCCUAGACUGGACCAUGCAGGCCUGUGAAUGCAACUUCUGGGACCCAUCUCCACAGCUGGACACCCAGCAAGAAAUAAAGCUCUGCCAAAAACCAAAUGACAUUUCUAUUCAUCAUUUCACAUGGGAUGAAGAGAAUGUAUUUGCCGCAGUUGGAAGGGGUUUAUAUGUGUAUAACCUUCAAAUGAAGCGUGUGAUUGCUUGCCAGAAAACUGCACAUGACUCCAGUGUCCUGCACGUUGCCAAACUUCCAAACAGGCAGUUAAUCUCAUGCUCAGAAGAUGGCAGUGUACGCAUUUGGGAGUUAAGAGAAAAACAGCAGCUUGCAGUUGAACCUGUACCAACAGGUUUUUUUAACAUGUGGGGAUUUGGACGAGUGAACAAACAAGCCAGCCAGCCUAUUAAAAAGCAGCAAGAAAAUGCUACUCCAUGUUCCCUGGAGCUUAUUGGAGAUUUGAUUGGACACUCCUCGUCUGUGGAGAUGUUUCUGUACUUUGAAGAUCACGGACUAGUGACAUGCUCUGCUGACCAUCUCAUUAUUUUGUGGAAAAAUGGAGAAAGAGAAUCUGGAUUACGCAGUUUAAAAUUAUUUCAGAAGUUAGAAGAGAAUGGUGACUUAUAUCUUGCUGUCUAGUUGAAGGAAUUUGGAGUACAUGUGCAUGAACCUUGAACAUCAAAUAUAGGGUAAUAUUCAAAUUUG